UAGGGUAAUGGGCAUCGAUAGUAAUGCAACAUGGGAAUUGUUCUUGAACAAAGCAAUUCCCUUGGGAUUACUUGAAGUCUACAUUACAGAUACUACGGAAAGUAAUGUUGUCGGCCCUUCUACGCAACACAUUUCCACGGAUAGAGAAAAUGUGGGUACAUCCACACGACGCAGUAGAUUGGCCCGAGUGGUCCAUUUAGAGGAGAACAUUGACAAUCCAGACACAGAUAGCGAUUCGGAGUAUGUUCCGUCUGACAAUGAAGACACCGAGGAUGUCUGGGUUAAACUCAUGGAGGAGCUUGCCACUCAAGGACAACGAUCAUACAAACCUGGGGCUCCUUUGGAAGAAGGUAUGGUGUUUGCUAAUUUACAUGCUUUACAAGAUGCAAUCACCAAACACUCGAUUGCGCAACAUCGAUUUUGGAUAACGGAGUACAAGAAAAGAGCUUCAUGGGCUUGUCGAUGUUGGUACCAUGCCAAACAACCAUGUUGUUUUUGGCGUGCUCAAUCUCAACAACUAUCCUCUGGAGCGUGGCGCUUGAAGCAAUUCAAUGAUGUUCACAGUUGUCAUCCGGAUUAUUCCCACGAAGGUAACGACUACAAUAUGGAUUACAUGUUUAUUGGUCGAUUUAUCCUUGACAAAGUACGGGUUGACCCGGAGUACAAAGUGAAACUCAUUCAACACAAAUUACUUCAAGAAUUCAACGUUGCAUUUUCUUAUAAAAAAUGUAUGAUGGGUCGAAUCCAUGCUUCAGAGAUGUUACACGGCAGUUGGGAGGACUCUUACACGCACCUCUCAGUUAUCUUAUAUAACCUUCAAAAUGCAUACCCAGGAACAAUUGUUGAGGUUGUUUACUCUUCACCCCCUCCCAACCUCAAUGUUAUCCCGGACGAAGUACCGCAUUUUAAGUAUGCAUUUUGGGCAUUUCCAGCAGCUAUUAAUGGUUUACAGUAUUGCUUUCCUGUGGUGACGGUGGACGGGACCCAUUUGUACGGAAAGUACAAGGGUCACCUACUUUUGGCGGUGGCACUCAAUGGAAAUCGAGAACUUUUCCCACUUGCAUAUGCUGUAGUUGACGGGGAAACAUCUGACAGUUGGGCAUGGUUUUUUCGUCUUCUUGUUCAAAGAGUUAUUCGUUCACAUCGGGUUUGUGUAAUUUCUGAUAGGCAUGCUGGCAUUAUCAAUGCAUAUCUUGAUCUUCUUGAGCUACAAACUGGGUUCAUAACCAAGCGUUAUUGUCUAAGGCAUGUCCGCAAUAAUUUCAUGAAUAAAUUUCAUGACAGUGACCUUAAACGUAAAGUUUGGGCCGCUGGGAGCACACCCAACAUCGAACAGUUUAAUGAGUACAUGGCAGAAAUCAGGCACGCAAAUGAAGCUGCAUAUAAGUACUUGAACGAUAUUCCGCGCGAGGCAUGGACUCUCUGUUAUGAUGGUGGAAAUAGAUGUGGAAUCCUUACAACCAAUAGUUCGGAAAGUUUUAAUAAUAUGCUGAAAGGUUGUCGGAUGAUGCCAGUUACGGUGAUACUAAAGAUGUCCUACAAUAAAAUGGUUGAAUCAUUUUAAAAAAGGCACAAGAUUGCUGUUCAGUGGAUGCAGAAGAACAUCCACACAACUCCUAAAAUCACAACAAUUCUUCGACACCGCGAGAAGACAAAGCACAAGUGGGUAGCUACAAAUUAUGGUAACUAUCAGUAUAUAGUUAGCCAUACUUCUCGUUCUGAUCCAGGUGCUACGUACAAUUAUAUGGUGGAUUUGGCUAAUAACAUUUGCACGUGUGG